AUGGCAUUAAAAGGUAUUUUUGAAAAGUUACGCUAAAAUUCGUAAUAAAAUCAGUUUUCAGGAAUUCGCCAAGCCUCGAAAAUCGGUUUAUCAUUUAGUGGAUGCGGAUUUCUAGGCGCAUACAACUUUGGAGCAGCAAAAUGUAUAAUAGAAAACUCUGCGAAGCUUCCCGAAAUCACGAAAAUUGCUGGAGCUUCUGCAGGAAGUCUAGUCGCAUCACUUAUGGUUCUCGCACCUCAAAAAAUAGAUUCAAGUGUAGAGAUACUCUAUUCAAUGGCUGAUGAAGUCCACGAAUUACCAUUUGGAGCUUUAACUCCCGGAUAUUUUAUAAAUGAAAAGUUAGUAAAAGUUAUCGAUAACACUCUACCUGAAGAUAUUUCAAAAGCUCAAGAGAAACUAAAUGUUUCAGUAACAAAGCUACAGGUAUUUCUGAGAGAUCUUCAAACUUUUAAUAGAAUUCUAAUGAAAUUUCAGACAUGGGAAAAUGUAUUGAUAAAUAAGUUUGACAAUCGAGAUCAUCUGAUUUCUGUUCUUCUCGCAAGUUGUUAUAUUCCAAUGUAUUCAAUGGGAUAUAAUGGAAAACCUCCAAUAAUAGAGAACUAUGUAAGUUUUAAAUUCUAUCUAGAAAAACUAAAUUUCCUCUGGUUAUAGGAAUAUAUUGAUGGUGGAAUGACCAAUGUUCUUCCAAUUAUUCCUGAUCUAAAAACAGUUACCUGCACACCUUUCUCUUCAAUCGCUGAUAUUUGCCCGCAAGAUUCGAGUAUUUGGAAUAAUCCAACAUUUGGAUUACACUCUUUCAAGGUAUGUAACUGCAAAAAUUGUAAACCAGAAACAGAAAAAAAAUGAAUUUAAACAAAAUUUUCCCGCGUGUGCGAAUUUUUCUUUUCGAGACUUCAAAAAUCUUCGAAUGUGUGUUCCUUCAAAAAUACAGUAAUCCUCACAGAUCAAUUCAAAGAAUAUGGCUCGGGGAAUUCGCGCAUUAUUCCCUCCAACAAGACAAGUUCUUCAGCAAUAUUUUGAGCUAGGAUAUCGAGAUGCAAAAUUUUUUAUUAGUAAUUUAUGA